CGCCAGCUAUAACCGCAGCACCAUUCAUGCAAAGAAAUUAAAGCAUUGCCAAGAAGCAACUCUCUUCUUUCUUUUCACUAAACAAUCAAUAGUAGCUAGAGAUAUAUAUCAUGGGGAAUUGCCUGGUUCUGCAAGCAAAUGUUAUCAAGGUCAUGAAACCAGAUGGGAAGAUCCUUGAAUACCAAGCACCCAUAAAAGUCCAGCAAGUUCUGUCAGAUUUCUCUGGUCAUGCAAUAGCUGAUUCGCUUCAGGCUUUCCAGCAUCUUCCGCCAGACACCAGCCUACUUGGUGGAGACCACUUGUACUAUCUUGUGCCUCUCCAACUGCCAUCCCCACAGGCUAAGAAGAAGAAAGUAAGAUUUUCAAUUCCAGAGGAGGAGGCCAAAGAUGUGCAAGAAAAAACCAGUACUGUGGUGAGAAUCAAGCUGGUGAUCAGCAAGCAAGAACUGCAGGAGAUGCUAAGAAAGGGAGGGGUCUCAGUUGAUGAUAUGGUUUCUCAUCUUCAGGGUCAACAGAGAGUGCAAAAGGUGGAUAUCUCCGGUAGUGAUAGUGAACAUAAAGGUUGGAAGCCUGAGCUGGAAAGCAUACCUGAAAGAAGCCACUAGCAGUCUUCAAUAAAAAUGUAAAACCACUCCCAUAAUUUUAGUUCUAACAUAGGAAUAGAUACAGUGUAUUAGCCCUGCAGAAAGAUAAUGAAAAGAGUACAAUAUUUAGCUUGUUUCCUAAUCAGAAAUGCUUCGUGCUUAA